GUCGGAGGAGACGGUGUGCUCUCUGUCCGUAUUCACAGCGCCUAAAACGCGCGCAGUAGGCUAGUGACAAAUUGAGCGCUCUCACACUUUGCCAGCCAGCCAGCUACAGAGGCAAUGGGAAACGAUUACUGAGGCAACCACAAAGAGAUACACACUGAGACCGACUAUGGCUGUGGACGCUGCGUCCAGCUUCAGUUUCUGCCGUGCAUCCCUGGAGCACACAGUGUCUGCAGAGGAGCUAAGCUACCAACUGCCUCGCCGGUCAGGGGCUAGUUUCACCUGGCACGAUGGGAGGGUACAGAAGAACACAUACACACGCACCGUCAAACUACUGCAGCAGCCUGGCACAGAGGGCAUACAGCUGCAUCCAGGCGAAGCCUUCACUGUGUACCACACCAGCCCUACGCUGUCCAGUCUGUCCAAACCAGUGGUGCUGUGGACCCAACAGGACGUCUGCAAGUGGCUGAAAAAACACUGUCCACACAACUACCUAACCUAUGUAGAAGCCUUCUCCCACCACGCUAUCACAGGUCGUGCAUUGCUGAGGUUGAACGGGGAGAAGUUGGAGAGGAUGGGCAUCGUCCAGGAGACACUGAGACAGGAGGUUCUACAGCAGGUCCUUCAGCUACAAGUCAGAGAGGAGGUCCGCAACCUGCAACUGCUCAGCAGAGCCUCAUUUGGAAACCUCUCUUAGCUCAUCCCUUUCGUGAUCCCUUUCUCCUCCGCUGACACAAUACGUCUCCAGUAGCUACGGGAGGACCUGCUCACUCCAGAAAUGUGACAGCAGAAUCAGGCUGUAAAAGGAGAGAACUGAAGAGGGGAGAGAACGGAGGAGAGGAGAGAACAGGAGUCUAUUUUCUACAUGCCAAACAGAUUGAAGGAGGAUUCCCAUUCAACAAGGCCAAACUGGUUUAAACAAGGAGCGACGGAGAGCGAGAGAGAGAGCUGAAGAGAGAGAAUAUUAAGUGCUGAAUUAAAGAGCACACACUGUAACAUAGAGAUAAGGUGUAUGAACUGACGUUGACAUUGUAGACAAAUCACUUUGCAGGUUAUAUUAUUAUAAGUACAUGAGAUUCCCCCUUUCUUGGUUUCUUCUUUCACUUUGGGUGCAGGGAGGAUAAUUAUUACUGAUCAAUCAAUGUAGUACAUUACAGUGGGUGGCUUACUCCAAGGUGGGGUGUAAAGGAAAUGGGACUUGUCCCCUGCGGCAAACUACUGAAUGUCAAUGUCACUGUAUGAUACUCGCAUCACAACCCUGUUCACAAUGUAUCUUUUCCUCUCAGGAUUUUCAUUUUGGAAUAUGUAUAUAGUUUUGAUAGAUCUAAGUCAUACUGUAUAAAGUAUAUAAUUGCCUACAUGAGCACCCUCUCCCCAAAGCAUAUUCUCUUCCUUUCUUAUAUAAAGCCGUGUCAUGAUGAUGUACAGAAUGUCACCUCCCAGAUCAUCUCUUUGUACUGUCAAUGAACCAUGUCUAUGACAAACACAUAUAUUUUAAUGUUCUAGAGUAAUAUAAGCUGUAGACCUGAAUAUAAUGUACAUCUAUACACGUUUAGCUUUUUAUAAACAGAGGGAAUUGAGAGAACAUGCUAUGAUUUGGUGUAACGGUUUUUGCCAUAGCUGUAUUUGUUAAAGCAAAAUCGGAACAGGAUGUAGCUGGCCAGAAGGAAUGGUUAUUUUCUAGCAGUAUGAGUGAAAUGCCUACAUCUCCCUAAUAAAUGUGUAUUCCCCCUAAUAUCAGGAGUGCACAACUUUA